GCGACCGUCACUGGACCUGCAGCUGGGCUCGGAACACGGCGACCGUUGUCAAAAUGGCCAACAAAUUUGACGAACUGCUCAGCACUCUGGGAACGGGGAAAUGGAACCUGCUCUUCUUCUUUGCCACCACAUACUGGAACAUGCAGCUGGUACCCCACACACUUGGCUCUGUGUUCCUCGCUCCCCAAGUGCAAUACACGUGUGAACCUCCUGGGUAUGGAGACGCCACGCAACUCUACAAUACCACGGACAACUGCCACUACCUGGGUGUCUACAACGGCACCGAGGCGGAACCGUCUCCUCUUCCCUGUACCAAAUGGUCGUACAAUACAUCGACCUUCACCAGUACCAUUACUAUGCAGUUUGACCUGGUUUGCGACUCCGAGUACCUACGAGCAACGUACCAAAGUAUGUACAUGCUGGGUACCUUCGUGGGUGCGCCAAUUAACGGUAUUUUCUCUGACAGGUACGGAAGGAGGACAGUGUUUACCUACGGGACCAUUCUCUUCACCAUAGUGGCGUUAUUCUCCUGUCGUCUCCCCAACUUUUCGUCCAUAUUAGCAGCGCGAUUCAUCUUGGGCUUCUUACACCCCGCGGGACUACAGGCGGGCUAUAUCUUAGCCUUGGAGGCCUGCGAGCCCCGGCGACGGACGGUCAUGGGCAUCGUCCUGGGGCUGCCGUGGGCGCUGGCGACGGUGGCCUGGGGCGGAUGGGCGUUCCUCAUCCGAGACUGGCGCUGGCUGCAGCUGGCCGUGUCCCUCCCCUGCCUGCUGCUUCUGCCCGUCCUGUGGUUCUUGGACGAGUCCCCCCGCUGGCUGAUCGUCAGGGGCGAUCACAGGCGAGCGAGGGAGGUACUGGAGAGGGCUGCCAGGUGGAACAAGAUGGACCUUCCACCUCCUGAAGAACUUGAUGCGUUGAUGAAGAACAUUCAGAAGGAGUCCACCCUGGCGAAGGAAGAGGAAGACCACAACGGCAGUGGUUUUCAGGGCUAUCUCGCAGCAUCUUGGAAGAAGUUUCUCAGUGUAUUCAUCCUCCUCAGGACCCCGAAGCUGCGCAAGAUCAGUCUCCUGGUGUACACCAAGUUCUUCAUGGUGUCGAUGGUGUUCUACGGCAUCUCGCUCAACGCCGUCAACUUCAGCGUGAACCCCUUCCUGUACAUGGCCCUCGGGGGCGUGAUGGAGAUCCCCGCCUACACGCUGACGGUGCCCAUCGUCGAGUACUGGGGCCGCAGGAUACCCUCAGCCGCCUUCUACUUCGUCGCCGGCGCCUCGAUCCUCGCCCUCGCCGUCGUCCCCGCGGACAUCAGCUGGCUCGUCAUCAGCCUAGCCAUGAUCGGCAAGUUCAGCAUCAGCGCGGGAUACCAAGUGCUCUAUCUCUACGCCACGGAGCUCUUCCCGACGGAGGUGCGGCUCUUGGCUCUAGGAACGUCGACCAUCGCCUCCAGGAUAGCGUCCAUGGCUUCGCCCUUCGUGACGGAUUUGCUGGGACCUCACUACCCCUGGAUUCCCUCGGUGGUGUUCGGGGUGGCGGCCCUUCUGGCAGGCGUGGCAACCCUUCCCCUGCACGACACCCAUAAGCAUCCCCUGCCGGACACAGUGAAGGACCUUGAGGAUUCCGAAGAAUAUGCUGUCGCCAGGUCCGAAGAAGAAACAAAAGAAGCAGAAAUGGAGCAAAUCCGCCCUUAGUGACGAUCAUAUUACUUUUGUCAUCAUUAUUGUCAUUGUUAUUAGUGUUGCUGCUGCUAUUAUUAUUGUUAUAUUAUUAUUAUUAUUAUUAUUAUCUAUAAUACCAUAAACAAUAUCUUUAUAGUCAUUGUUAUAAUGAUUAUCAUCAUUGUUAUCAGUUUUAUUACAGUUGUUCCUGAUAUUGUUGUUCAACAAACAUACACAUACACACAUACACAUACACAUACACAUACACACAUACACAUAUACACAUACACAAACACGCA